GCUGGACGAAGGUUAGGAGGAGGGUUUUAUCCCGCGACGGAAGGUUAGAAAGGAGGUGGGCGGGCUUAUUACCGAACAGUUGGUGGGCGGUCGGGUGACGGAUUAAGCUCUUGGAUCCGAAUGGUGUCAAGAUUUGGGGGCUGGAUACCUGUUCCGCGAUUAUAAAGGGUUAAUUUCGGCGUGUGGGAGCGCGGAGAAAACCCUCGCUUUGGGCCUGUCUACCGCUUAACAAGAAAGCGACAGCUGAUGGAUUUAAGCGUGGUACCUUAUAAGGGGGGGAGCGAAGAGGCGGCGGAGGCUGCGGGAGGCGGCGGUGGAGGGGGCAGGUACCGGGAAUGCCUCCGCAACCACGCGGCAGCGAUGGGAGGGCAGUCCUACGACGGGUGCGGUGAGUUCAUGCCGGGCGGUGAGGACGGGAGUUUGGAGGCCCUUAAGUGCGCCGCUUGCGGAUGCCACCGCAACUUUCACCGGCGGGAGGGGAUUUCCGUCGCCGGGCCUCGGCCGCCGCCACCCCUCCUCCUCUACGGCCCCGGCGCCCCCGCCGCCGCGUGGGAUCACAGCAAGCUAGUGCAGUCGCCUCCACCGCAGUUCCCCGCCUUCCUGCCAUCCCCGCUACCGCUAACGUACCACGCGAUGCAGCCGCCGCCUCUCGCCGCGGCCCCGCCUCCGCCGUGCCGGGAGGCCGCGCAGGACCGUAGCUGCCGGGUGGGGUCGGAGACGCCGCCGCGGCGCGAGGAGGCAGCGGCCGAGGCGGCGGGGUCGCGGAAGCGGUUCCGCACCAAGUUCACGGCGGAGCAGAAGGAGAAGAUGCAGGCCUUCGCGGAGAAGCUGGGGUGGCGCGUCCAGAAGCAGGACGACGUCGCGCUGGACGAGUUCUGCCUUCAGAUCGGCGUCAAGCGCCACGUCCUCAAGGUCUGGAUGCACAACAACAAGAACCACCUCUCCUCCGCCUCCUCCUCCUCUGCCUCCCACUCCGUUGCCGCCGCCGCCGCUGCCGCUGCCGCAGAGCCUUCCACCCGCGAUGCCGCCUCCGCCGCGCCCAUCCGGGUCUAGUCCCACCCGUAUGGUGCAUAUUGUAUCAGCAUAAUAACACAAAGGUAGCAAGCUAUGGAAACUGACGAGCUCUUGGAGGUGUUGCUUUUGUCAACCGGAUCAGUAUGGUCGGUUUAAGAUUAGUGUUAGUUCCUAAUUCCACGUCCCUCCCCUGUGCCAA